CGCGAGAGAGAGAGAGAGAGAGAGAGAGAGAGAGAGAGAGAGAUGGGGUGGAAGUGGGUGGACGAGCCGGCGGAUUCAUUGCCGCCGGGAAGAGGGUUAGGGAGCGUUGGAGAGCUUGAGAACUCUAACCCUAGAUCGACGGAGGAUCGUUGCUCGACGAUGAGGGUUUUAUCGACCAACUGCCGCACUGAGGAGGUCGAGCCCGGCCGAUUCAUUCGGAAGUGUGCGAAUGUGGAGCAGACCUUUAGGAGUUGCAUCGGAAGACCUACUGAGCUGGUGGAGUCUAGAACUGAACACACAGAAGAUGAUGUUACUGAUGAAAUCAAAAGCAGUGUGAUUUCCUUCGGAUCUUCCAGGCCACAACCCUUCAAUUUACCAGGUUUUCAAAAUGAAAUUGAGGCUAUCGAGCGGGGCUUAUCCGGUGGAUUCAGCCGCUUCCUGGAUGCAGCUGAAGAAAUGGCAAAUGAUAUAUUCAAUUCAUUGAACAUUCCUCCUUUCCGUACCAGGGAAUCGCCAUCCUUUGACCGUGCAGAAAGGCAACCUGAACAAGAUGUUUCUAAGAAGCAUGACUCCCCUUAUUCUGAAAUUUCCGGGGAAAUCAAAGAGCUCUAAUAAAAUCCAUGAUCUAGAUAUGUACAAAGAAACGGUGUAUGAGACAUUCCUUUUUCCAAACCGAAUUCUGCAUUUGGCUUUAAAGCUAAAUCUGUAUGUGCUCUGCAUAGUCUGAAGAUGUUGGAAGUUCUGCUAAGCCUUUUAUUUUGUUUUUUGUAAGACAUUGAAAAGCCCUAAAAUCAGUUGAUGACAGACAAUGUGUUUUGCCAACAUAUUAUUCUGAGGUUUUGUUCUCUCUUA